UAUAGCCGUUUGCGACAUAGGCAAGUAGCUCACUUACUUUAGAACCGUUAUGAGGAUACAUCGACACUAACAAUGGAUAAACGUGUCAAAAUGCAGGUUGGUAAGAAGAACUUCGCGGUUGAGAGUUUGACACUGUUCCACGACAAAGUACAGAAACAAUUCAUUGUAGUGGACGAGGAAAGAAGAAACAGAAUAUCUUCAAAAUUUGAGAACGGAUUUAUGAAUGUUCUGCUGCAGUGCUACGGGGACAAGAAAGUGGAAGCCAGUGAGGUGUAUAUGAAGUACAUGAUGAAAAAAGGCAGUGUUCAUAUAUCAAAAACCAGAUGGAACACGCUUGAUGAGUUCGUUCGGUACCAAGGGAGAGUCGGGCGGGUCCAUGUGGAUUAUUCAAGCAAAAUUUGGUACGUCCAACAUCCCCAGAAAGUGGAAAAGGCCUCACAAGCUUUGCCAUCACAUCCUACACUGUGUUUCGUUGAUAGUAACUUUGUGACACAAAUUUAUCGUAAUAUUCGCAAACCAACCAAAAAAGAGAUGUGCAAAAACAGUACGCGAUGUGACGAUAAACCAGGAUCGCUCCCAAUAACGACCACAGAUUCACAUUCCCGAAUACAAAACGGUCAGAAAUGGUCACUUAAAAGAGACAUGGUUACCUUUAAAAUGUCCCCGCGACGAUCUCCAUACAACAAAGAAGAAAGGCCAUCGUUAUCACAAAAAUGUCACGGAGACAUCGACAACCAUGUGAAACCCAACGCUAACCGGAAGUCCACACUCGCAGAAAUAAUGGAGGAAGACGAGAAACUGAAAGAAAAGAUGAACCGACGGGACAGUUGGCUGCAGACAGGGAUCGUGGUUACUAUCAUCACAGACAGGUAUGGAAGAAGUAACUACAGGAAGAACUGUAGAAUCGUGGGUCUCCUCUCUCCAUUCACAGGCUUGGCGCAUGUGCUGUGCAAUGACAAUGUCCUGAUAGUGAACCAGAAAUACUUGAUGACUCUUGUGCCCGAAGUUGGGGGUCUAGCACGCAUCGUUAAUGGCGCAUACAGAGGAGAAAGGGGCGUGGUUGAGAGAUUUAGCACAUAUCAAAAGACAGAGGCAGUGUGUUGUGUCAGACUAAAGGGGAGCCCUUUGAGUGGUUGUUUGUUGGCUGUAGAGAAGGACUGGUGUUUUACGCAGAUACUCCGAGGAGUUUGGACCAGUUUGGACCAGAUCAUUCGUGGCUUGCGCCCGUGAAGAUCCGGGAUAGAAUAGGUCUUCAGCAACCCAUGCUUCCCAUAAAAUGCGACUAGGCUUGUCAUAAGAGGCGACUAACGGGAUCGGGUGGUCACGCUCGCUGACUUGG